CCUGUCCUGUGGAGAGUGACGACGCACAGAUGGCUGUCACGAGCCGUCUUGUGAGCAGAACACUUGCAGGACCACAUUUCUGUCAACUCCACCGCAUUUAACUCAACUUGCACAAUCGGGGCCUGAUCUACCAAAGAGAUGAUUGACACAGGGGUCUCUGGACCAACUGACCAUUCGGGGACCAGCCGGUACUUUCCCUGACAGCCCACCCCGGAACCACCACCUGCUUCACGGCACGAAGGCCUUUGCUCACCUGCUUGUUUACCCGCCGGCUACUUGUCCAUUUGCCAUCUCCGGACACAGCCUCAGGAUGACCACUAGAGGGCGCUCUCAGCUCAUUGAUGCAUCAUCACCAUCACCACCAUCAUCAUCUUUACCACCACCAUCAUCAUCAUCUUCACCACCACCAUCAUCAUCUUCACCACCACCAUCAUCAUCUUUACCACCACCAUCAUCAUCAUCAUCAUCAUCAUCAUCAUGAGCAGCAGUCACAUAAAACCUUCCUGCUGAGUCCAACUCAUGAACAACAAAGGCUGUCCUCGGUGCAACAAAGCAGCAAGUUAGCUUGUUGGCUGUAUUUUGGCUUUUUUUUGGCUUCUUCUUCUUUCGUUCAUCCCAGCUGAGAGAAAAUGCAGCCGGCAGAAACCCACCAAAUGACUCCGAUGUCUGAAACUGAGAUACUGGACUGGGAAGUGGGACACAUGCGCAGGAAGAGGACAGCUCUGGGGGUAACGGGGGCUCUGCUGGCUCUGGCGCUGCUGGUGUUGGCCGUGGGUUUGAUCUCCGCCACCCGCACCGACAACGUGGCGGUGGCCGGGUACUACCCCGGGAUCACGCUGAGUUUCGGGGCAUUCCUCGGUAUUGUCGGCAUCCAUCUGGUGGAAAACCGCCGGCCAAUGCUCAUGGCUGCCAUCAUCUUCAUCAGCAUCGGCGUCAUCGCGUCCUUCUUCUGUGCCAUCGUGGACGGGAUCAUCGCCUCAGAGUUCCUCGACAUCAGACCCUUGCAGGAGGACAUGUGUGACUUCUACACCAGCGCUUCUGGAUAUGCUUACGACAGCUACUAUACUGAGGUGACAUGUCACUCCUUCGACAAGGCGUGCAAGCUGAAGGUGAGGAGCAACACCUGCUACUGCUGCCACCUGUACAACUGUGACAGCCCAGAGUACCGCCCCAAGUACUCUGAGUUCACGGGGGUGAGCAGCUGCUGGGACGUCAUGCACCUUCAUCGCCUGCUCUGGGCCUCCGUGGUCGUCAACGUCGUCGGCCUCUUCCUCGGCAUCAUCACCGCCGCCAUCCUGGGAGCAUACAAGGACAUGCAGAAGCCCCUCCCACCGGUGGCCCCGAGCCCGGCGCCGCCGCCCCACAUCCUGUACAACCCCACCCAGCACAUGCUCACCUACGCCGGCUUCUGUCCGGCGGGGCAGAACCUCCCUGCUUACCCCAACUACCCGGUACCGGUGCAGCCUAACGGCAGCUUCCAGGGUCCCGCCACCCCACAGAUGAUCUCGGAGGCGGGUCUUCCCGCCACUUCCUGUCCGUCGGAGGAGACCCACAGCCAGCCGCCCUCGCAGGGCGUCCCCCAGCAGCAGGGAGGCGCCCAGGACCCGGGGGGCUUCAUGCUCACACCCAACGCCCCGGUCCUCUAUGGAUCCUCCCAGAGCCCCUUCGAGAAACCCCCGCCUUACGCCUACUGAGGCCUGGGCACAAACCUGCUGGUCUACGUGACGCAGAUGGGGUUCAUGUAGAUUAUUUCACAUUUCUUAGUAUUUAGUGUGUUCAAAAACACUUGGAGAGCGCAGGUGCUCAUGGACAUGGUUACCAUGACGACCAAUGCACAGCGACAAAGGGCUUUCAACAGGAAGAUGAAAUAUCGCCGCUGUGCUGUGUUGUCACCGGCGGCAGGAAGUAUGUUCAGGUAGCAAUAUGUUCCAGGGAAAUGCAUGCAUUGCUCACCAUCCUCAUGUAGGACCAGAACACCUGUUUUCAUGCAUUCUAAAUCGUAAAAUACGGCAAGUAAGAGGUUGCUAACAAUGCUGGUAGCAAUGGUGUUUAAAAAAGCGCUGAAAAUACCCCAUGUACAUGUCGUGACCUAAAUGCCAAAGUAUUAGCAUUAUUGUUAUAGGUGCUACCGCAGAGGAACUACUUUUAGCAACGCCGUGAUCACAGAGCGCUAACGAGCUUACGCUGCUAUUUGGUUGCCUCUGAGUUGGUCAAAUCAUGCCUCUCGCCUAGAUAGCAGAAGAUUGUGGACAUAAACCGAGAAUGUGGUCAACUUUGGCAUACAACUCAGACCAGGAAGUUGCAAGAAAUACCCGAAAAACCUUAGUUCGUGGCACUUAAAAAAAAAAAAAGAAGUUUAACAUUGUGUGAGGAUUAUGAUUCUUCUUCAUCUAAACGGGAAGAUAUAAACAUCCCAUCAGUCGACAUCCCAGGGAGAGCAGACAUUGUACAGUAAGUGAUUAAUUUGUCAAAUCAAUAAAUACAAUAUUAAAAUAUACAAAUUAGGGAUGUGAAUAUUUUAGUACAUGUUUAUAAGGAAAUUGGUUAACAAAGUGCUCGCUUAUAUUAAAAAAAAACAUACAUACAUAGAUACAGACACACACACAUUUAUUAUAUAUGUAUGUGUGUCUGUCUAUGUAU